ACAUCCACCUUGGAAGUGAUGUUAAACAGAUCAGCUGAAUGAUGUUUAGACCUCAUGAAUUGUGUUAAAUGUUUUAUUUAACCUGAUGUUUUGUUCUCCAGAUCAUUGAACUGGGUUCUGUGUGCAGAACAUACAGAAGGACACAUGGCUUGUACAACACAGUCGGCCUUAGACUACGUCAGGGGUGCCAGAGUCCACCUUGAGAGAGAUUUAAAUAAUCUCUCAGUGAUUGUGGAGAACUUGAAGCAGCAAGGAGUUUUUAGUGCUAUAGAGGUCAGCAAAAUACAGACAGAGAGAGAUGACUGUGAUCAAACCAGGAGAAUACUGGACUCAGUCACUAAGAAGGGGGAAGCGGCGUGCUACGAGUUCCUCAGGAUUAUUGACGUGACGAGGAAGAGGACCUUAGGGAGGACGUUCCUUUUCCCUGAGACAAAGAGUUCAGCUUCUACUGAGACCAAGAAGUUUGACCUGCAUAACUGGAUCAGCUGCUUUUCUUUCAAGGACGACACACAGAUGGAUAUAAACUGCUUACAAGGCUCAGGGCCGUGCCUCAGAUAUCAGGCGAAGUUAAAGUCAAAAGCACAAAAAAUAUCAAAUGAGUUUUGGAAGGCAAACAAAAAUCUGUUUGAAAGAAACAACAAGCCUGAUCUGUCGUACGCUUCACUCGUGUUAGACACACAAGAAAGUGUUUCUCCAUCUAAAAUAAAGAAGCUGAAGAGCAAGAAGAGCAAGAUGAGUCGCCCUAAAAAGCUGAGGACAUACAUCCCUGAGGACAGACCAGACAUUUCCCCCAGUGAGCUGCUGAAGACAGAUAAAAACAUCCUCUUGGUUGGUAAGCCUGGAAUUGGAAAGACAGCACUCACUCACGAAAUGUUGAAACUUUGGGCAGAAAGAGACAACAAGGAGCUCGACUACAUGUUCUACUUUGACAUGAGAGAAACAUCCCACAUCAUGAUGGCCAAGAGCCUGGAGGAUCUUCUUUUCAGUGUGAUCAGUGAGCCAGAUGAAGGCAAAGAAGAGGUCUUACAGGACAUAAGAAGAACUCUGACAACGUUACACUCAUUUUUGAUGGAAUCACAGAUCUCUCUUCAUCAGUGGUGAAGAGGGUUGUAGAGAAGGACCUACUACCUGAUGCCAAGAUCAUCAUUACAUGCAGACCAGAUGAUGCAGAAGACCUCCUUUCUGGGGACUUCCUCAGAGUGGAAGUGAAAGGCUUUAGUGAGCAGACCAUAAAAACAUACUUCCCUGCAACUCUAGGAGAAGAACAGGAGAAGGUUUUGAGCAACCUGGAGUUGUUAACUCUUUGCCAUGUCCCAAUGUAUGCACAGAUGGUGGCUGUCUGCUUUUCAUCAGAGACACCAGAAGACUCUCCACAGCCAUGCACUGUAACUGAAAUCUACAUCAAUAUUGUUCGUCAUUGCCUUCAAACAAUCAGCAAGAAAACAAAAACCAAAGAUCUAAAUUCCUUCAUCAACAACAAGAGUGAAGAAAUUCUGUCUCUGGCCGAGUUUGCUUUUAAAGCCACUGAAGGAAAAACUGUGAUCUUGAGAGAACUGCCCUGUGAAGACAGCUGCGUCCUCUCCUUCCUGAAACCUCUUGUUAUCAAAGUGGCCCCCACUGAGACAAUCACCACUCAUGCAUUUCUCCAUUACACAAUGCAGGAGUUUUUUGCAGCACUGUGGCUGCUGAAGAAUCCAGAUAAGAUCGGGGAUGUUUUUCAGCAGAGCCUCAUUGAGGAGAAGAAACACAUGAAACAUCUGAUCCCUUUCAUGUGUCGACUGCUGACUGACAAGAGACCUAGUUUGAUGAAGCAUCUGAUUCCAGCUCAGGAGCUCAAGAACACGUCUGACUGGUUCUUCGAGGAACUGAUAACCACAUUUUUAGAGGCUGACACAGAGGACAGUGGACUUGAUGUGGACAUACUGUUCUUAUGUCAGUGCUUGUAUGAGUCCCAGUGUCCUGAAGCGAGCAUCAGCUUCCUGGAGAAACUGGACUACGCUCUUGAUCUCAGUGGAGAGAGUCUCGAGCCUUACCUUUGCUCUGCUGUGGCCUACGUGGUCACUCAGUCGAAGGAGAGGAAAAUAUGGCUGAACCUGGAGGACGUCAUGGUGUCAGAGCAAGGAAUGAGACGACUGUUAGGAUGCCUUCAAAAUGUCCAGUGGUGUGGUCCUCUGCCACGGCAGCUGUGGGAGAUUUUCCUUCUCAAAUGUGGACAGAUGGCAGAUGAACCACAUCAGCUUACUCAGCCUGGAUGGAAAUCAGUUGCACCUUCCAGUUGAGGGUAAAAGACGGCUGUUUGAAAGAGCAGUAAAAGUCAUGCAGAAGAUCACUACGCAGCUUAAUGUCUGCAUCCACUGGGACAGGAAAACUCCUGCCUGCCAAAGUCUGUGCGAGUCUCUCUUAGAGGCUUUGCCAUAUAUAUCCGCUCACUCAGCUUCAGGAGGACCUACAGAGGUUCAGGAUUACAAGACCAGCAGCAAAGCCAGGGGACACUGGAGAGGGAAAAACAGGAGCUGUUACUGGAUUUAUGCCUGAGAGCAGCACUUUACAAAGGAGAGAGCUUUCAGAGAGUAGUGAACGAACUUCUCUCAUUGUUUUCUGUGAACACUGACUUACAUAACAUCCUUCUUGAUUUUUAUCAACACGUCAAGAGUAAAGAGUGUUCAAGUGUCAUUCCAAAACUGAGAGCACUUUUCCAGUCAUCUCCU